UUUUCUAAGCAAUAUCGAUUGACGCAUCAACCCCUUUAACAUAUUUUUCAUCUAUCUGAGCGAUUUCAAAAUAAAUAUUAUCUUGGUUUAGUUAUAUUUAAAGAUAAAAAUUAAAUUCUCACUUCAGAUUCAUGAAAGAUUUUGGGUUUUUUUUAUAAAAAAAGAUUAAAUACCCAACAAGAAAAGAUUUGUUGCAAUUUGAGUGAUUCUGAUGACGCCGCAGCGCCCUGACGUCAGGGUGAAGCAAAGGAUCGAUCGUUUGGGAAAGUAACGGCAGAGGCAAUGGAGCACUCGGAUGAGGAGGAACUGCCUGCCCGCAGACCCCUGUCUCUCGAAUGCCCCCCACGCUAUCAAGACUAUCUACAUAUUGCAGCUUUUGAACCCGAUAGUUAUUUUGAGGCAUCUGAAGAUAAAGCGUAUGAUGCUACACCUGACAGCGGAAUACAUGAGUUAGGAAUCACUGAUCCUGAACAACGAGCAAAACUAGAGGAUGACUUGAAGACAGAAUUAGCAAAGACUGAGGAAGAAAUAGCUACUUUGCGACAAGUUCUUUCUGCAAAAGUUAAGCAUGCUCAAGAUUUAAAAAGAAAAUUAGGUAUUACACCAUGGAAAGAAUUAAAAGAAGAUGUUGAACAAGGGUUGAAAAAUAUCCAAGAAACUUCUGCAAUGAAGGAAGUUGGUGGAAGGCUAGUAGAAUGGAAUAGUGCUAUUACAAAUGCACCUAUCUACCAGAAAACAAGCCAGACACUAAAAACAGCCACUGAAAAGACAUCAUCUGUUCUUGGAAGUUUGGGUGCCACUAUGAGCAAAAAAUUGGGGGAUGUUAAGAACUCCUCAACUUUUCGUUCAUUUGAAGAGAGAAUGGGCUCUGCGUACUCAAAUGUCAAAACUCGAAUGGGGACUCCAAGAAGUACCAGUUUGUAUAAUUUCCAAGAAGUUGUGAAUGGUUCUGACAGACGUGCUGCUUCUACUGCAAGUACUCCAAUUAUUCCAGAAAGAGGACCUAUCCCUUGAACAUCAAUAGAUUUGUUGUACAUAUGCUUAGCAACAUUUUUGUUUCCUAUUUAUAUUUUAACUCUUAAAUGUGUUUGUAUAUUUUGUGUAUUAUUUAUGAUAAAUAUAUAUUAUCUGAUCUGAAUAACAAGAAAUAUUUCUGCUUCUGCUAGUAAUUAAUAAAGAUCUGCUUCUAUCCUUU